AGAAGAUAUUUCCAACUGACGUGGCAAUGAAGGGACAGGUAUAUGCUAUAAUUUCAGGAGUAUAUGCAGCUCUUGGAGCAAUGUUUGGCAAGUUGGCCAUGACCUCUCAUGAAGCAAUAGAUCUUUGCACAGAUAUUCUUGUGUUAAGUGCAGUGGCAGACCCCCAUGUUCCAUGUAAUAAUUGGGGUUUGUGGCUGAGAAUUGCUGCAUUUCUUCUCAUGGUGACCAUGAACACCCUCAUGUUUGUGGUGCUUACAAAGGCCUUCCGCUUCUGUUCCACCAGCAUUGAAGCCACCAUCACCAGUGCUGCUGCUAACUUCUUAUUUACUGGCAUACUGGGCAAAGGUUUGUUUGGCGAGGAGGUGACGGGAGUGUGGUGGCUUGGGUUGGUCUUCAUAUUGUGUGGGCUGAUGCUGCUCCACCACACCAAUGCUGCCAAGGAGGAGGCCAGAAAGCCGGGCACGCUGCCUAAAAAGAAAGAGAAGCUCUGGUGAAAAUGAAUGCUCUUGUUUUAUUCAAAACCAAAUUAGAAAUUUUAUACAAGUGGGCAAGUUUUUAAUGGUCUUAAAUCUAAUGGCAAGUGAGAUCUAUAAAAGUUUCUUCUAUGUUAAAUAUUUUCAAUAUGAAGUAUGAAGAAAAACUGGAGGACGAAAUGACAUCUCUAAAGUAUCUUUCUUUUUGUACAAUUGAAAGGUACUUGCCUAGCUUUGGUCUCAAAAUGGGGCAAUUUUUUUCAAAUACCUAGUUUGAAAAUUGAGGAUAAUCCAUACUCAAAAGUUUUAUUAAGAAUCUGUGUUUAGAAUUUUUAGAACAGUAAAGAUGAUUAAUUCUUAUUACUAUUUAAUCGCAAAAAUUAUUUAUUGAUCAUUGCAUUGGAUGUUCAGGUGUGACUGUGUAUUGUAAUCUGAAAGCAUUUGUUCCAGUAUUAACCAUAGUAAGUAAAUAUUGAGGUUGGAAAAGAGUAUAUUCCAUUUAUAUAUUUGUUCAAAUGUUGCCAAGUACCGUAAUUGUCAUGCAUAUAAUGCCAACCAACUGAUCUGUUAUCUGUAACAAAACCAGCCAACAGCCAUGUUUGAUAUGUGCCUGGUCAAAUAGUUUAUAGUUCAAUUAUUAUUUUUUAUUCUUAUUAACUUUUGACAUUCAAUAAAUUUAACAAUAGGAUUUGGGUAUGUGUUGGCCAUUUUGACCGAGUACAAACAAAGGCAUUUAUUUGUACAUAAGUGAGGUGAAGGAUUUUUACAAAUUUUGAAACAUUUUAUGUUAGUACAAGCUGCAGUUAUUUGCCAUGCACUUUGUUUUGUCCAUGUUUAUUCAUUCUAAAUUCAACAUGGAACAUGUGGGAGAUCAUACACUUGGAGAUUAUAUACCUAUACAUUUAAUUUGAUUUUUCAGCCACAUUUGUUAGCACCAAGCUGUUUUUAUUCAAGUAUUUUUAUAGGGAAGAAUUUUUAACCAAACAGAAUGUUUUUUUUUAUAUUUUUCUUGCUUGUCUGCAAAAGUUUUACGGUGUCUGCUUCAGUUGAGUGCUGAUUUGCUGUCGCUUUAAGAAUAAUCUCUCAUGGUUUCAAUUCUUUUGUCUGAUUCAUGAAACAUUUGAAUCAAGGGGCAACUUAGACCAUCUUUAAUGUAAACGUAAAAGACUUUUCCUUCAUCAGUUGACGUUGUAAUCUUUAAUAUGGUUUCUCUGUUCCAUUUUCUAGAAUUCAAAAAGCUUCUUCCAGUUUCUGGGAUCCUGAUAGAUUUUGUUUAUUAAAUUGUUUGAAUUAAUGAACUUUUUCUAUUAUGUCAUCAAUUACAUUCAAUGUAGUUGUGUGGCCAUUAUGUCGACAUGCUGGUUUGUGAGCUCUAAAGUUCUAUGAGCAAAAUGCAUGCACACACAAAUGCUUUUCAUGUUGUUGCCUUUUAUAGCUCAAACCAUAGCUAUUAAUUAGUAUUAAGAACCACCCACGUAACAGGUACUUGGGUUGCAUUUAGGAAAACACUUCCACAACCAUCUUGCAAUGCUUUUAUUCUUAUUGUAUUAUUAAGAUCUAUUGCGGGGCUCUGGUGUCUGUGAAUUAACUAUAUUAAUAAGUUUUAACUAUUGUUGUCCUCAAAGUUUCUGUUCUAGAACCUGAUAAACCUGCAAAAACCUGUAGUCUCUCCCGACCCUGCAGUCUCUCUCUCCUUACCCUGCAGUCUCUCUCCUGACCCUGCAGUCUCUCUCUCCUGACCCUGCAGUCUCUCUCUCCUGACCCUGCAGUCUCUCUUUCCUGACCCUGCAGUCUCUCUCUCCUGACCCUGCAGUCUCUCUCUCCUGACCCUGCAGUCUCUCUCUCCUGACCCUGCAGUCUCUCUCUCCUGACCCUGCAGUCUCUCUCUCCUGACCCUGCAGUCACUAACGCCAGCAGUUUAUCAGGACGGAGAUAAUAAGUAAAUGUAGUUACUUUGAGUCCUACGAAUAUAGCAGUUUGGAUUACAAUUCAUCUGUAAGCUAAGAUUUGAUUUUGCUAAGCUUGCAUUGAAAGACUUUAUUUUUAUAUGUGUCUAUGUUAUAGUUUCAUGACUCUUGUUUCGAAAUGAUGGACGUUUGUAAGUUUAUAUCAGAUUUACUCUUUCUCUCCUUUAUUUAACUAAGUAGUAAUUGUUUAUGAGUUUGUGGACUGGAACAUUUGUAAUGCAAAUCAAGUUCAGGAAGACGCCAGGUUUAGGAGGUUGCCCUCGUUCUCAUAGCAUGAAAUUCACAGAAGUCCACAUCAGGCGCGGAGUUUUAAAUUUUAUUGCUUGAAUUAUUAGUUUGCGUUUUAUGUUCUGUUACAUUCCAGUGCAGUGAAAUGUUUAAACCUGCAUUAAUUCAACACAAAAUUGUGUUUUCUGUGUAGCACGUUGUUUUAGAGCUCACUUAUAAUACAAUUAUGGUCUUGUUUUAUUACUACCUAGUGUUUCAUCAGAUCAAACAUUUAUUUUUUUAUAUUAUUUAUUAUGGAUAUACGUAACUCUGCUGAAUAACUUUUAUGUAUAAUAAUUAUUUGCUUGGAUAUUUUUAUAUGAUUUUAUA